GAUGGUAUCGGAGGGCAAAUCAUAUGUAAACAGUUGCAAAUGCAAUACUCGUAAAGAGGCUAAUUGUGCACAUUAUUUGUCAAAUUGGCUGAUUGAAAACGGUAAACUUUCAGCAAAUCCAUCUGGUGCAACAGCAACCUGCUCUGAGGGACGAGUAUUGCGUGCCAAGGAUUUUGCGACGGGAGCUGGAAGUAAUUCUGUUGGAUUCGGGAAUAUAUUCAAAGACGAGAUGGGGUUGUCUAUGAGCCUUACUCCGCCCACAGGCAAUUGUUUCAUUUACUGCGAGCGUGGUGGGCAAGGACAUGUUUACUAUGGAACUAAGUCUAAUUGUGUUGCUGGAACGGGGAGCGGUGAAUAUUUUGGGAUGACAUACUAUCAAUAUUAUACUUAA